GAAGAUGUCAUUCAGAUAGUGGAGGUGCUGCAUUCUGGGCAGGAAAAGUGGGGUUGGCUGACACGCAGGCUGGUUGAGUUCACCUCAGCUGGUUCUGUGCUCAUCUUUUUUACUAAAAAGACGAACUGUGAGGAACUGGCUACAAAUCUCAAUCAGGAAGGUUACAGCCUAGGGCUGCUGCAUGGAGACAUGGAUCAGAGUGAGAGGAACAAAGUCAUUGCUGACUUUGAAGAAGAAUCUGCCCGUAUUAGUAGCUACUGAUGUUGCUGCUCAAGGGUUGGAUAUCCCAUCUAUCCGUACAGUUGUGAACUAUGAUGUAGCACGAGACAUUGACACACAUACACAUCGAAUUGGUAGAACAGGUCACGCAGGAGAGAAGGGUUUAGCUUACACUCUGCUCACCACUAAAGACACUUCAUUUGCUGGUGACCUGGUUCGAAAUUUAGAGGGAGCAAAUCAGAGUGUUUCAAAGGAGCUGAUGGACCUGGCAAUGCAGAAUCCCUGGUUCAGGAAGUCAGGGAAGAAGCCAAAUAUUGGAGGUGGAGGCCUGGGUUAUAGAGAGAGACCAGGCCUUGGAUCUGAAUCUGAUCUGAAUAUAUAUAUAUAUAAUUCUGCCCAUCCCCCAUGUUAUUUUGUCUACAAUUAUUUUUAG